AUGGAGCUCCACGAAGAUCAAGACGCCAUCUCAAUCCGCCACCUUCAGCUUCCCCACGGCGUGAUCGCACCUGAUAUCUGGUCAAAAUUCAAGGACCAGCCAGUCCUCCUGAACAUCAAAUUAGAAUUGAAGAAUACCUUCACAUCAGCCGCAAGUCUAGACGAGCUCGAUGAAUCCACAAUCCACUACGGCAUCCUAGCCAAGAAGAUCCGAGCAGCAUCACAACAGGACCAAACACUCUCACAGCUUUUGACAGCCGUACACGAUGUCAUCACGUCCAUGGGCCGCAAAGAAUCCGGACGCUUUAUCCUAGCCCGGAGUGAGAUCGAGGUGGAGAUGCCGAAGGCGAGUAUGCAUGGCGAAGGGGCAACACUACUGCGGACGAUGACAUGCGACAAGCUUGGAAAACAGCAGGAGGAAACGAAUCUCUUCAGCAUCAAAGACGUCAAGAUCAUGACGCUCGUGGGUGUGAAUGCGAUCGAACGGAGUGCCAGACAGCCUGUGGUGGCGAACAUGACUCUCAGUACAAGUUCACUGCAGACUGAGGGCAUGAAUUCAUUCUUCGAGCUGGAGGGGAAAGUGGUACAGAUAAUCCAACACACAGCCUUCGAAACCCUAGAAUCACUAGCCGACCACACAGUCAAAGAACUACAAACGCAACUGCUCGGUAGCAGUUUUCCUGGGAGUCAGAUACGACUCCAUCUUGCGAAACCGCGAGCAAUCGCCUUCGCCGACGCACCUGCUGUAGAGGUAUCACGACGGACGCUUGGCCCUCCAAUCACUUCUGCAUUGCAGCAGACGUCAGAAGUACCAGUAAUGCAGGUUAUCAGGCCGUACGCUUGA